AUUCAAGAUGGCGGCCUUCAAACCGUGUACCGUUCUUUACACUGCCUUAGGAUCAAAUUUUCGUUCUCUCCUUUGACGAAGUUUCUCUUUUUCCCAUUAAAAAUUAUGGAUGACUAUGGAGAAGAUGUUGGAUGGGACGAAGCAGCUGUAGGUUGAGAUUUUCUCUUUUCUGAAUGCCUUAUUUAAUAUGUCCUACUUCACGAUUAGGUAAGCUGGCUUGCUUAUUGAACGUACAUUUUCCUUUUUUUAUUGUUUAGCUGAGUCCGUCCGAUGAAAAAAGGGACAAUGAAGUUGUUAUACAAGAAUGUAUGCAAAACUUUGCCACAAAAGACUUUAUCAUGGAACCGGAAAUUUUCAACAAUAUCAGGAGGUCAGCAUCUAUGAGGCUUAGAUUGGUUAUUUCGUUAAGACAAGGUUCAAACAAACGAAUUUUUUAAGCAACACAGCUACGUUCGAAAAUUGGUAGCUUAUUCAGGGCUCAGUGUAAAUGAGGAAAAGAGCUGGUGAGAGACACAGCAGUUGCGGUUGUUAGGGAAGUUGUUGCGGUAUACUAUUGUUUUUAUUACUCUACUGCCCGCUCUCCAUUUACAGUGGGAAAACAAGCUGGGAGCCUAGACCAGCCUUGAAUAUUAGAAAACAUGAGUUACAUAACUCUGAUAAAUUGCAGCACUAAAAAGCUAGACUAAAUGUUAUGAUAACAUUAAAAGUGGUAUAUUACUGCCAAAAUUUAUCCCCAUUUCCUUUUUGGACAAGAUUUGUCCAUCACAGGUAACACCCCAGAAUGUUGAUAUAUUUCUCUGUUUAUACUAUAUGGGAAGACAGGCACUAUGCUAGUUGAGUGUCUUUUCUUAACAAGGUUAACCCUUAUAUUUUUGGUGAUAAAGGCAGUGGGCCCAAUGAUAAAACUACAUUAAUAUGUUACUAUGUUUCCCUGGUUAUACUCAAUGGGAAGACAGGCACUGUACUAGUUAAUUGUCUUGUCUUGACAAGGUUUACAGUAACUUCUUUGUUGAUUAAGGCAGUGGGCCUUAUGAUCAAGUCAUGUUUCAGAUGUCCAGGUCCUGGUAUGUUGUCCAUCUCUAUUGUUCUCUAUUGUGUUCUUAAUGUGUAACUUGUAACUUGUAACUUCAAAAAUAAAUGUAAAUAUUAUAUUGUAGAUAUUACCAGGCAGGAGGGAUCCAUGAAGAAAUGGCAAAGAUGUUAUCUGAAAAUUAUACUGGAAUUGCUCAGAGUACAAAUCUCAUAGCUAACUGGUUGAUUGUAACAGGUAAGGUAAUUAUAUGAUACUACAAUGUUGUGUUGUGAGAUCAUGAUUUGUCUUUGACCUUGCCAUAAUCACAUAAAAGUGAAGUAUACGUUACUGCUUAACAAUGAUUUCCAAAUAUUCCCUGAUUUUGUAUUGCUACCAUGUGAAACUAAACUGAUAAACUUUCUAGAGUUUGAGAAGCACUUGAGGUCCAAGUGAAAAAUGCUGUUCAAACAGGCAUAGAAUUAUUAAUGGCAUUUUACAAAGAGUUUUAAAGUUUACAUAUUGAGGUUGUGUUGGCAUCAUCACACAUGUCAUUAAUAUUUACUAAGCCAGAGAACAUUUCAUUUCCCAUGGUCUCUGAUAAAAUAAAUAGGAUUGCUAACUUUAACUGUUAUUUUCACAGGAGCUAAAGUGACAGAUGUUGAACAAAUGGUUGAAAAUCAUCUGGAAACCCUUAUUAUCAAACACUUUGAUCCAAAAAAGGCUGACUCAAUUUUUUCUGCAGAGGGAGAGGUAAGGAAAAAGCCAGCUGUAGAAUACCUGUUUGAUGCUCUUCAUGGCAGAAAAAUCAAAACCUCUUAGUCCAUCACAUUUACCACUUGGUUAUGCUCAGAAUGUGUAUUCCAAAUUGACCAUUAUGUAUUUGUUUCUGGUGAAAAUGGAAUUCAGGCUGUAGAAUUCACCUAGUGGAUGUCCACUGAGAAAUGUGACAUUCAGUUUAUUCAUUUAUUUGAUUGGAUGAUGCUCCAUUAAAUUGAAUUUUCUCUUGUUCUGUUGGCAGACACCUUCCUGGCUAGAAGACAUGAUUGUUCACCAGACAUGGCGUUCAAUGUUUUAUAAGCUGGCAGAGCACUAUCCUGACUGCCUGAUGCUCAAUUUUACUAUCAAAAUUUGAAUUUGAAUUUUCUCUUGUUCUGUUGGCAGACACCUUCCUGGCUAGAAGACAUGAUUGUUCACCAGACAUGGCGUUCAAUGUUUUAUAAGCUAGCAGAGCACUAUCCUGACUGCCUGAUGCUCAAUUUUACUAUCAAGGUUUGAUAACUUUUUCAUUUUCAUCAAACUCAGUUUAAAAGUUUUGUACUAAAUUUUUUCUGUGCUGAACUAUAAACAAUUAGUGCUCCUUAUCUCACCUAUCUCUGUAUUGCAGUGUAAGGUAGAGUAUAUUGUUUGUUUUUGGAACUGUAAAGUAUUACUUUUUAUAAGUAAAAUUAACGACACUGAGUAUGUCAAUGAUGGAAGAAACAAACUAUUAAAAAAAGACCAAUCUCAAUUGAUAUUAAUAAAUUGGCCUCCUUUAGAUGAUGUGUAUGGUAAUCGAAAAAAUUGGUCAAAUUUACUUUCAGUCAAGAUAAAUUGCGAUUUUGAUUAAAAGUAUGAUUAGUCCAUUUAAAGCCACAGUACAAAAUGAACAUUUUUAGAAAAAAUGAUUUUCUCCCAGAAAUAUAUCAAAGGGUUAAAAAAAAACCUCUGAGAUUACACUGGAGGUUGUUAUCUACUGUUUGUUAUAUUAAUAACUAUGUGUUCGGUCAUUUUGAAAACAUUUCUGCACAAAUGAAAAUUCUCCUAAAUUCACUCACUGCCAUUAUCAUGUCUUUUUACAGCUGAUUUCUGAUGCAGGAUAUCAGGGUGAGAUUAGAAGUGUCUCUACAGCCUGCCAUCAAAUUGAGGUGUUUUCCCGAGUGCUCAAGACUUCAGCUUGUUCUUUUCUGGAAGAAGGAGAAAUGACAAUGGAAAGCAACCUGCCAGAAUUUUCUGUAUGUUGAAAUAUAAUUUCUGACUGGUUUUGUGAAACAUCAUAGCCUUCAAUACAUGAUGCUCUGUAGUUAUAAAUUUUGUAUGGAUUACUUUCCAGAGGAUGGUAUGUUAUGGACAGCACACCUACCUGUAUGCACAGUGCUUGUUAAAUCACAUCGCACAAAACACAGAAGGAGGAUCAAAACUUCAAAGACUAGGUCAAGAGCUUCAAAAUCGGGCAGUUCAAAGGUGAUUUUAAUCAUUAAGGCUCAGUGUUAGGCUCAGUGUGAUUGAUAUGGGAUGAGUGACUGAAAACAUAUCAACACUUUUUAUCUCAUCUCCACCAACUGAGAAGCUGGAACAGGUUUUGAGUUAACCCUUUAACCCCUAAGGGUGACUAGCAUCUCUUUUCUCCUUACAUUAUCACACCUGAAUCAAACAUUCAAGGUCAUGAGAAUAAUGGGAAUGAUCAAUAAGUACAGGAGCUCUUGGUUGUUAAACAAAAUCUCUUUGUCAGCACCUUAGGGAGUGUAUAGAAAACAGUAUGGAGAAUAUAGAUACUGAUCUUAGGUUGUAAAGGGUUGAUGUUUGCUGGUACCUCUCUUUUGUGUGGGAGAUACAGUGGCUUAAUGGUUAGAGUGCUGGACUCCAGGAGUAUAAAUGGAUGCCAGCAAAUUAUGAGGGAGCCAGAUGAAAUGCUGGGGGUGACCUUGUGAGGGACAGGUAUCUCAUCCCUGGGGCAGGGAAAGUAGUAAUAAUACUCCUAGUUGCUUCGCGCUAAGGAAACCAGGAUAAAUUCCAACUGCAUGGGCCACUUGGCUGCAGACUUGAUGUAUCUAUCUCUCUUUUAAUUUACCACUUACAGUUUACAAUUUGAAUUAAUUUAGUCCUGUUUUUGGUGCUGUACUAAAAGUACUUUUUAAUCUUUUUACAGUGGACAUGAAGUCACAGAGAUUACUCUAUCAUUAAAUGGUGCUGCAGCUUUUCCCAGAGCAAAUUCUGCCCUCUCAUCCAUGUUAGGAAAAAAUUCUCUUAAUCCUGGAGAUAUCACUGUGGUAAGCUGACAGAGAAAAAUAGCAGAGUAUAUGAUAAAGGGCAAUGAUAAUAGGUUUGAUUUGAACACCUGUAUUAGUGUGUGUUUUAUCAUCAAGGCCUAGUUUUAUUUUUUUUAACAAAAAUUUUUAGCAUUUUUAUCUUCUUUGAGAGUUUUCUCACUUUGUACACUGUGGGUCAAGUACUAUUUAUUUUUUAGCAAUAUCAUGUUUUAAUAAAUUUUUUUAUUUUUUAUCAGUCCUUAUUUAUCAUUAUUUUUAUAAUUGUUAUUAAGAUUAUUAAUUUGGGUUUCUUAAAUUUGAUCAUGCACACUUUAAUUUUUUUUAUCUUUCACUCAAUUUUAGGUGAUUUGAAUGUAGUAAUUUAAUGUGGAACUGUAGUUAUUUAACACAGAGCUGUGUGGAAAGUUUUCUUUGUCUGUAAAUUAAUUUUUUUUAUUCAUUCACUUAUUUAUUCAUAUGUUUGAUGUAUCCUCUUGUCUCUUUUACCUUGACACAGCUAUACAAGUUAUAUAAUAGUUCUCAGGCUCCUCCCUGUGCACUCAUCCGAAUUCCACAGUUUUUAGGUGAGGAAAAAUUCAUUUUCUUUAUCAUGUUUUCCUUCCAAGAUGUUGAGUAUAUGCAAUUCCAAGCAAGUAAUUCUAAGACAUUUGCAGUGGACAGAGGGGUAAUGGAAAAUGUUAGUUUGAUCAGUUUUGUACAAGGAUGGCUAAAGGUCACCAGUUCCAACAGCACUGAUGGUUUAAUUGAUCAUGUUCAGAAAAUAUACCACUGAUCAUAGAGUUCAAUCAAGAAAAUUGGAAAUCAUUUUAUUUUUAACGAAAACUUGGCUUUCUAGACAAGAUCUUUAGUAAAAUGCAAUUAUUUUUAUUUGCAACAAAGUUUAUAAAUCAUUAAAGCGAAGUAAACCUCACCAACAACUCUAAUGCUGGAAUUUAUCAGUCUUUAGGCAAUUACAGAGUAAGGUGUUUGGAUUAUGGGAGAAAUAUGAAAAUGGUGGUAUGGUGGGUGAAGGGUCGUAAAUCAAACGUUCUCGAUGAGACUGGAAGAAACAGUGGUAACUACCAAAGAUCUUGUCUAGAAAGCCAAGUUUUCGUUAAAAAAUCUGACCGAUUGUCAUGAUGAGUCUUUACAGUGUUGUUGUCACACAAUAACUCGUUCGUGUUUCUUGGUCACCUCGCCACCAAGCAGACUCGCCACCAGCGAACUCGCUCGCCCAAGGAACGAUCUCGCCACCAACGUACUCGCCACCAAGCGAAGUCUUCUCGCCACCAACCAUCAAUAAAGAGAUAAACUAGAAUAAAGUAGUCGAGGAGAGUAGGAUGUUCGAACGAGCACAAUUCAAAUCGGCCGAUACGUUUGUGCGCUUGUCUGUAUUUAAAUUAUGACCUUCAGCGACGUGUUAGAUGUGUUCCGUUCCUAACUCAUUGACAUCGAAACGUAUCGUGUUUGUCUUUUGCACGUAAGCGAGGAGAAAUUGCAAAACUCGAUGCGAGGAAUAAAAACUUACUUGAGAGAAAAUGAAACUUCAUGGGAAGAAAUAAGUGAUGAAAUGAAACUCGAUAGCAGUUGUAUUAAAACUAAACUUAUCGGUUUCGAACGUGCUUUCGACAACAUACGUUUAUAAAGUUUGAGUACAGACUUAUCAGCCGAACAUCCUACUGUCCUCGACUAAUCUCUUUAUUGGUGGUUGGUGGCGAGAAGACUUCGCUUGGUGGCGAGUACGUUGGUGGCGAGAUCGUUCCUUGGUGGCGAGUUCGCUGGUGGCGAGUCUGUUUGGUGGCGAGGUGACUGGAUACCGUCACACAAUAACUCGUUCGCGUCUUAAGCUGUUAGAGUCGUUGGUGAGGUUUACUUCGCUUUAUUCGCCUUAAGAUCCUUAUAAACUUUGUUGCAAAUAAAAAGAAAUGCUUUUUACUAAAGAUCUCGUCUAGAAAGCCACGUUUUCGUUAAAAAUCUGAGCGAUUGACAUGAUGAGUCUUUACGGUGUUGUUGUCGCACAAUAACUCGUUCGCGUCUUAAGCUGUUAUAGUCAUUGGUGAUGUUCACCAAUGUUCACCGAUGUUUAAGCUUCUGUUUGAUGUUCGCGAGUUGGUCCGUCGGCGAGUUGACCGUAAACCCUUGGCCCAAAAUGCAUGCAAUUUGCAAAGAAGCUGGCACCAAGUGGACUGACAGCUGGUGGGUUUUUUGCCAUCUAUCAGCUUCUAAUGACAACUCACAGUCGCAGCUGAGCAGUGCAACAAAAGUGACUUAUUGGUUUUACACAAAUCAGAACAUUUCAUUAUCCUAAAAAGCUUCACUUGACUUUGAUGAUGAAAACUUCCCUUCAAGUUGUCACAAACAACUGUCCUUUUCAGUGACAAUCUAGUUAUCACAUACCAGUGCAGCUGCUUGAUAUAAAUUUGAUUUCAUACAAUAUUCCUUUUUUUCUAGAACUUCUUUUGGAAGCAUUGUUCAAACCUGGACAGCACUUGAAUCCAGAACACAAGUUUAAAUAUGUUUACCUGUUGGCAUAUGCUGCAUCUGUCCAUGAAACCUGGGUUGAGGUAUUUCCAUAUUUCACUAUUUUUCAGGGAAUUUUUAAAGCAUAGUGUUGAAACUAAUCCAAGAUAAAAUUGAUUUUGUUUUGCUAUGCUGUUUGACCUCCUCCUAAGGCAAUCUAAGAGCAAACACCAUUGGUGAAUGGUAUUUUCUUUCACUGCAUUUUCAGACAGAUAACUUGGUUACAUUUUGAAUAAGCAGAGUAAAUCUCCUUGAAUCUAAUUUCUUGCAAACCUGCUUCUUUAGCCUGAAAUGGGAAAGAUUUUGGUCACUAACUUUGUCAGUCAUAUCAUUCCAUUGAGGUUACAGCUACCUCAUCACAUAACAAUAAUUUGUUACAUUUGUUUGUUUGUUUCUUUUUCUUUUGAUUUGUAGAGUGAGCGAACAAUGCUUAAUAGAGAUGAGCUCAAAACAACUUCUCAGGCCCUGGAUAAAAUUCACUCUCUGUGUGUACAGGAGACAAAGAAAGGCUCGCAGCUGCUUGCAGAAGUGGGUGUCCUGUUCCAAUGUAUCAGGUAAGAGCCCAACUAUUUCCAGAUUUCUGAGAGUAAGUUACACUUUAAAAACAAAUUAUCCUCAUGCAGUGUUUUCUUGCUUCUGUAGGUUUCCUGUAGUUGCUAUGGGUUUGUUAAAGUGGGUUGACUGCACCGUAUGUGAUCCAUCAUUCUUCAAGUUGCUCACAGACUCAACACCAGUCCACCUGGCUUUAUUAGAUGAGGUAUGAGAUAAUCAGGUAGCUGCGAAACCAAGAUAAACCUCUUAAAUUACCACGUGACUACUUCCUAGCCCCCGUUCACUUUCCUCCUUAAUUUCAAUCCUCUUUUCACGUCUCGUAGAUCAGCUCCUGUCAUGCUCUUCAACAUCGCUUGGUUCUCAAUGUACUGAUCCGUUUGUUUGAGUCUCCAACGCCACUGGACACUUUAGUAGAGGUAGGAAUCAUUCAAUCGAAGUUUUCUUUUUGCUAAAUCAUGAAGAUACCUGUACAUCUGCACACAUGCCAAGGUAACUGCACUUCCAGAGUUUAUCCUGGUUACCGAAGCAUGAAGCAACUAGUAUAUGGAUUAUUACUCCUCAUUCAUGAUUGGAGUUCUCCUCUCACCCCCUCCCCUUCCCCUGAGGCAUUUCCUAGGGUUCCUUUGACGGUGCGCUGGUGUCUUAGCGGAUUUGGACCAUUGUGGUUCAGUUUGGACCCCAAAAGAGAACAGAACAGUGGGGUCCAAAUCCGCUGGGGUCCAAAUCCGCUGGAGGUCCAAAUCUGCUGUGCCACUAGCACUCAUUUAUACAGGGUUUCCACGUGUCCUGGAAAACCUGGAAAGUCCUGUCAUUUUUAUUUUGACAUUUUCCAGGACUCGAAGGUCUUGAAAAAAGACUGCAGGUUCUGGAAAGUCCUGGAAAUGUGGCUAACUCGAGCAAUAAAGAUUUCAGAAUUUACUUUAUAGGAAAUAUAUGUAGAACGUCGGGAGAACUUAUUUUGAAAUCUUGGGAAUGAAAGGCUGUGAGGUGAAAUUUGGAGUCGUGGAAAAAUUAAUCUGCUUCCUGCAAAAGUCCUGGAAAAGUCCUUAAAGCUUGUUUCUGAAUAAGGGUGCGAAUCCUGUUUAUACUUCUGGGUAGAGAGAGGCUGUUAGAGAAAUAUGUGUUACCCAAGGAAAAAAUAACAAAAUAACCCGGUUUGGACUCAAAUAAAGAACUUCUGCACCGGAUUCUAGCACAAUAGCCAUAAGGCUUAAACAGCCCCCACCACACCAAUGUGCAUGGCCAUUUUUACAGUCGCCCUAUGUAAACUUUGACCUGACCAAUAUUAUCCAAAAACUAACAUAUCUGUGGACUUCAAUAUAAAUUUAUGAUGUUUAAUAUUUUGUGCAUCCACUAUAUUCGAAUUCUCAUCAUGAGAGACGUCACAACCAUGUUGUCUUUCUGUAUUUUAAAGCCAGCCUCUGAGACACUCGAGGGAAAGGAAUCCUCGAACGUUUCAUUUGCUCUUUUCUUUGGUUUGGCCGGCGGGAGUUUGUAGCAGUCACACUGUUCUGGUCGUUGGUUUUAGUUUCAAACAUGUAUGGUGCUUUGCACUUUUUCGGCGUCUCCCUUGUUGGGUUUAUACCCACAAAGUUUGGAUUUGGACAGGACCCAUCGACAUUUGAAGGAAGCGCGAAUGUUUCAUUUUCUUGCUGACUGAGAAGUGGAGAUGUGAUCAGGGAGGAAGUCGAAAAGUCUGUCUUAGUUACUCCUUCUUCUGAAGCUGUUGCUGUGGUUGCACUGUCCGAUGAUGAAGCAUAACGUGUUUGAGCAAUGUUCGCAACUCGUACCAGUGAUGAGACUCUUUUUGUUUCUGAAUCAUUUGGAUGUGAUUUGCAGUUUACAAAAUUACAGCAAAAUCCUUUCACGUCUAAUUGUAAUCUUUCUUCCUUUUUGACCCCCGAGGUUACUUCAGUUUGAAAGGAGUUCGUUACCCAUUUGUAGUUUUUCCCUUGUGGUGAAUCUGUUGUUGUUGUUGUGGUUUUGGCAAGUUGUUGUUGCGCUCCUAGUUCGUGGUCUUUUUUCCCUUCCUCGAAUAGCCCUUUUGAGUUAGAUUGAUUCACUGCAUGCAUUGUCAUCCGAGGCAUCUGUGUUUCGUUGUCUGCUGUUGCUAUCACCGCAGUCAAAUGCGACUUUUCCUCAGGUUUAUUUGAUUUACCAUGUCUUGGAUUGUUCAAUCGUAUUAAUGCCUCUGCAUUUCCCUUGCUCCUGUUAGAGGCUUCAUAUUUCGUUUCUGUCAUUUUUUCAGAUAGCACUUCACGGUUCGUGCCAGUAUUGCUUUCAUUAAGAAAAUUGUCGUCAAAGAUUUUCCGUUUUCCCGAUUCCUGUUCGUUUUCUUUUCUUGUGCAAGGAAAUCUUUGGUCGUUUGAAUUUGCUUUUGAUAUUAUUGCUUGGCUGUCAUGAACGUCUGAUUCAGUUUCGUUGUUCGAGCAAUUAAUACGAUAACUUGCAGUAGAACUUUGGUGCAGUAUAUCGUCGUCCGGUUUUGUGUCAGGGAUGUUGUACUUUGUUAUCCUCUGUUUUCUCGCCAGCCCAGGCCUUUGCAUGCAUGAUAUCUCGUUCUCUUGUAUCACCUUCUCUACGCUCUGUUUGUCUUUGUUUUUUCCUCGGCCUUCAACUGGCAGUGUUUCCUGACAUUCACUCGUUUUCUUGAAGUAACCAGGAUAGUCCGUACUCUCUGCAGACCUAUAAAAUUCUUUGUCUAUAACGUAAUCUUUUCUUUUUAAAGGCGAAUAAAAAUCUUUGCCGUCAAAGCAAUCUGUACUCUCUUCUAACCUACUAAUUUCUCCUUCACUUCUCCGGUUGUUUUGCUGACACGAGGAGUUUGUUUCUUGAUGUAGCUGACAUAUUAAUUGUGCUUUGUCUGGAAGAGAAUUUUCUGCCAAUUCCUGCUUAGUCCACUCCUCGUCUUCAAAAUGUUUUUGCAAUCCGUGAAGCAACAGGCAGCACAGUCCGUGUAAAGAACGAAGGACGAGAUUCCACAAACAACAAAUGAGAUAUUCAAUGAAAGCAUAAACGAGAAAAGGAGCUAAAAACGUAAUUGCCACUGCGAGAUCUGAAACGUUUUUUCUUCCGCUGGACCGAUCCAUGGGCUUUGAAAACUGAAGGUUUUUGAUUGUGACGUCAGUUAGUAAAUUCCCGCGCGCUCUUCAGAGAAAGUGCAGUUGCACGUGGUGUUUGCGAAGCUGCAUCGCGCGCGCAUAAACGAGGGCUUUCUCUUUAUUGAGGAAAUUAAUUAUAAUCAAUUUGAGUUAACUCCGCUCAACGAUUGCUUCGCACUAACCAGGUCAGAUCGAGGGAGGGACGUAGCGAAGAAUGGGGCAUGAAAAAGCUGAGUUUUUGUAUUCUAAAUACUUUAGCCGCCAAAUGUAAGUUGACUAGGACUUACGCAAACUUACUUAAACAAACGCACACGUUCCUCAAUGCUCAGUAGUGUUCCUUGCUAGUGGAGAAAUAAAUAUGAUGAUUUUCUUUUUCGAUAAUUACAUUUUUCUUUUGUUGUUCGUUGUUUAAGCUUGAGUUCAAGAAAACAGUCCUGGAUCGAAUGAUUCAUCUCUUGAGCCGAGGAUAUGUUAUACCCGUGAUAAGCUACAUUAACAGCUGUUUGGAAAAGCAGAACACGGAUAACUCUCUCAUAAGACAUUUCGUGACUGAGGUAAAUAAAGGUACACUGAACUAAAUCGCUAAGGCAUGAAAUCCUUACCAAAUAUGGGUGAGUUAAGUUGGAGUAAUAACAACAGGUCUGUUCUUUAAAAGGCCUUUAUUUAUUUAUUUGUUUGUAUUGAGAAGAUUGCCCAAAACUCGUUGCAAUAUUUUUUUCUCUCACCAGGUUCUAGAAAUGAUUGCUCCUCCAUACUCGACCGAGUUCGUCCAGCUUUUCCUUCCCAUCGUCCGUAAUGAGGAGAUCACAGGGAGGCUGCGCAGUGCUGAUCACUCUGAUGACGUGUCGUUAUUUUUAGGUGAG